GUGGCAUAUCAAUAUAAAUAGGAGAGCUCUCCCCAGCUCUUAGGCCCUUCUCCUCUCCACUUGUAACUGAUAAGGAGACCAACAUCUGCAAUGGCCAGAUCCACCAGCAAAAAGAACAAGUGCCCCAGAGGACAUCAAAGCCCAAUCUCCAGAAAGAAAUUACAUUCCAGCACCAACUUUGGCCGUAGAAAUUAUUCACUCUACGUAAACAGGGUCCUAAAGGAAGUGAUUCCCCAGAGGGGCAUAUCAUCUCACACCUUGGACAUCAUGAACACCCUGAUCAACGACAUCUUUGAGCGCAUUUCUAUGGAAGCCUGCAGUGCGAUGUGUUUCCGAAAUCGCUGUACCCUCACCCUUGAAGAUAUCCAGAAGGCAGUGUACUUGCUGUUACCUGAGAAGCUAGCUAAGUAUGCGGUGACUUUUGGAAGUGAAGCUGUCCAAAGAUAUGUCCACUCCUAAACUUUACAUGCCUGCUUAAUUAAAUCUUGGGGAAAGUAAGUCAAACUUACUACCCAAAUGAUCACUUCA